AUGACGGCGGAUAUUCUACACGUCUCCAAGGCCCUUUAUCGGCGGAUCUUGUCUUUUCGCAAGUAUCGCGCGCUUUCGCGCAACUUGGACACCAGGUUUCCCGAUGCAACACGGGAAGAGUUGGAGGCAGCGGAUACAUGCAUCAUCUGCAGAGACGGCUUGGGGGAGGGCAGCAAAAAGCUGCCGUGUUCCCACAUAUUCCAUAUUGAUUGUCUCCGGUAGGACUCUUAGCGGAACGCCUCACCAGCAGGAGCAGGAGUUAUAGGAGAGAGCAGAAGGCAGCCGCACUACCUCGAGCAGUAACGGGAGUGUUUGAUGUGUGUGCGGCGCCUUCUUUGCUGCAGCGCGUGGUUGGUGCAACAGCAGUCCUGUCCCACAUGCCGCGCUGACAUUCCUGUGGAACCCGCGAGGUCGACGAGCCGAGACGCAGCAGCUCAGAGGCAACAGCAACACCCAAGCGCACUUCUUGCAUCGGGAGCAACAGCAGAUCGAGGCCCUCCAGGACCACCUUCUGGCGACACCAAUUACCGCGCAGCCACCAACACGGGAGGCGCGGCGAGACAGAAUCCCAGCAUUAGCCGCAGCAGCAGCAACAGUUUAUUUGGAGCGUUCUCCCUCUUCUCUGAGCAGGCUCUGGGGGGAUCUAGGCGGCGCACUCCCACCAGCGCAGCAGACCCUACUAGUAGUAGUAGUAGUAGUAGCAGUAGCAGCAGCAGCAGCAGCAGCAGCGCACAUGAACCAGAAGGAGCACCUGCUUGGCAGGAGCAGAGAGAGCAACAGGCAGAGGGACUGCUUUCGGCGCUUCGUACCUCAUUGCAGUUUUGCGAGGCAUACCGGCUGCACUCGUCUCUCUGGAUCAUCGAGGCUCAAAUCAUGCAGCUUCAGCAAGGACGACUUGCCGCUGCUGCUAUUCCCCCACUGAGUCAGCUACAACAGCAACAGUCUGGUAGCUCUGCCGGGCAGCAGGAGCAGGGGGAAUCCAUAUUGGCUGGAGAGGGUGUGCAACAGCAGCACCUGUUACAGCACCAGCAGCAGCUGCUACAGCAGCACCAGCAGCAGCUGCUACAGCAGCAACUGUGGAAUCAGCAGCUCCUGCAUCAGCAAUUGUUGCACCAGGCAGCACUGUAUGGGCCGCUCCCGAUGCCUUCACAGGUUCCCAGCGCUCCCGCUUUCCCUGCAUCUGGCAUUCCACCCGCUUUUCCUGCUACUGCUGUGCCUCCUCCUGUCCUGUCAUGGCAGUCCUUAGGCUUUGGGUCGAUCCCAGCGGUUCCUUCCUAUGCAUACCCCCCAGCAGCACCUGCUGCAGCUUCGCCACACCCUGAGGCCUCGCUUUCGGCUGUGAGGACGCCAUCGCUGCCCCCGCAGCAAGCGGAAGAGCAGCACCAAGAGCAGCACCAAGAGCAGCACCAAGAGCAACAUCAAGAGCAGCACCAAGAGCCUCAUCAAGAGCAGCACCAAGAGCCUCAUCAAGAGCACCAUCAAGAGGAGCAGGCAGAAGACGGUGAGCUGUUGCGCCUGCGGACGGAGCAACAGCGGAGAUGGCUGGCGAAUAGGGGCGCAACCCCUUGA